UCUUAUCCGCAAUUCACAAGUAGUGUCGUCAAUCAAGUUAGAACUUCAGUUGUUUACAAAGAAUAAUGGGUGUUGCGGUGCCUCGAAUUUUUCCUGCUAAGCAGAUCCUAAACAGAAUUCUUGCAAAUCCAGGAGGUACUACGAAAGUACCGAAAGGCCACUUUGCUGUUUAUGUAGGGGAAACUAGUUGGAAGAGAUAUGUGCUGCCGUUAUCCUACCUUAACCAUCCUUCAUCCCAGCACUUACUAAGCCAGGCUGAGGAAGAGUUUGGAUACCACCAUCCUAUGGGAGCUCUGACAAUUCCAUGCAAGGAAGAAACCUUCAUCAAUCUCACCUGUAACUUGUGUGGCCCUUAAGCAAGAAGAGAAGCUUAUAUAGCUUACUGAUGGGAGACUCGCAUCUUAGCAUUGCUAACCAGAAUCCUGUUCAACCCAAUUUUGCACAAAGGAGAACUAGAUUCUUUUU